ACAGUGACAAAAGAAGAUACUCGUCUCGCAGGCCCUUCUCCCUCUCCCACUGUUGGUCGCGGCGGCACUCUCUUCCUCCUCCGUGGUCCUAUAUGACGACUCGAAUAGCGCCAGGUGUUGGCGCCAACUUGCUUGGCCAACACUCUGCUGAGAGGAAUCAGGACGCCACCGCCUAUGUCGGCAAUCUCGACCCCCAAGUUCCCGAGGAGUUGCUCUGGGAGCUUUUCGUUCAGGCUGGCCCUGUCGUUAAUGUCUAUGUUCCCAAGGACAGAGUCACUAACCAGCACCAGGGAUAUGGAUUUGUUGAAUUCCGUAGUGAAGAAGAUGCUGACUAUGCCAUCAAGGUGCUUAAUAUGAUUAAACUUUAUGGCAAGCCAAUUCGUGUAAAUAAGGCAACCCAAGAUAAAAAGAGCUUGGAUGUGGGGGCAAACCUUUUCAUUGGCAAUCUUGAUCCUGAUGUAGAUGAGAAGCUCUUGUAUGAUACUUUCAGUGCAUUUGGAGUUAUUGUUACUAAUCCAAAGAUUAUGAGAGAUCCUGAUACCGGAAAUUCCCGUGGUUUUGGCUUCAUUAGCUAUGAUUCAUUUGAGGCAUCUGAUUCAGCUAUUGAGGCAAUGAAUGGGCAAUAUCUUUGCAAUCGCCAAAUUACAGUGUCAUAUGCUUACAAAAAAGACACUAAAGGGGAACGGCAUGGCACGCCAGCAGAAAGAGUUUUGGCUGCAAGCAAUCCCACUGCGCAGAAGAGUAGGCCUCAUACGAGAUUCGCCAGUGCACCUCCAACACUCGCCAAUGUUGCUCAGGCUAAUGGUACCGUUGCUGUUCCGGUACCUCCUCACCCCUUUGGUAAUGGAGUUGCUCCACCCCCCAUUCCUGCCCUCCGACCACCACCACCACCCCCUCAAGCCGCAGCAUUUCAGCCUAUGCCAGGAGCUGGGCAACCAACAUGGCAUCAACAACAGCCCGGACUCCCGCCUGGAAUGCCCCCACCUCAGGUCCAGCAGUUCCGGCCACCUCCAUCUGGUAUGCCAAUGCCACCACCUCCACCACAAGCUGUUUCGGCUCUUCCACCACCAACAGGAAUGGUAAGUCAACCACCUGUUUGGCGACCACAACCACCCCCACCGCAGCAACAGGGUGGACGACCUAUGGCAUAUGCUCAACCCUCAAUGCCUCCACCUUCCUAUAGCCAGAUGCCACCACCUCAAUGAAGGAAUUCAAACCCUUUUGGAAGGAUCCAGGGUCCUAUUAUAUUGAAUUUCGCCACUGAUUUUUAGCGUUAUGUUUCUUAAUUAAUGUGGUAUUAGAUACAGUUGCUAUCGGCAUCCUUGACACUAGGACAGUUAACAAUAUAAUUAGAGUCCAAAGGAGAGAUGCUCAACUCUUUAGCCUUGGGUUUGAUAUUGUUUUUAAGUAACUAAUUUUCCAGAGUUCUUUCAAGCUAUGGUGAAUUGUGAAGGUGAAUGAAAAAUAGGAAGGAAAUAUCCAAUCUGGCCUGUUUUAUUUC